CUCUCCGCCAAAAAUUUCCGGACAGGGCACUGUCGAAGUCCAGCCGGGCCUUCGCGACGCUGCGCUGCGUUUCUAACAAACCAACGGUUUUGGCGCCAGAGGUAACAUGGCGGCUGGCAGCGCCAAAUCCGGUCCCGCGAACCGCAGUAAACAAAUACCGAAAAAGGCCGAAUCGAAAUCGCUGAAGAGGAAGCGCGAGCAGGAGGACCUGGGCAAGCUCCGAGACGCCAUCAGCCAGCUCGACCCCAAAUCGUCCGAAAUCACAAAGUUCUCCGACCUCCCCCUCUGCGAAGCCACCUCGGCCGGCCUGCGCGCUUCCCACUUCGAAGUCCUGACCGAUGUGCAACGGGCUGCCAUCCCCCUAGCCCUCAAGGGCCGCGAUGUCCUCGGCGCCGCCAAGACCGGCAGCGGCAAGACUCUCGCCUUCCUCGUCCCUGUCCUCGAGAAGCUCUUCCACGCCCAAUGGACCGAGUACGACGGGCUCGGCGCCCUCAUCAUCAGCCCGACCCGCGAGCUGGCCGUCCAGAUCUUCGAGGUGCUGCGCAAGAUCGGGCGGAACCACUACUUCUCGGCUGGCUUGGUUAUUGGCGGCAAGAGUCUGAAAGAGGAGGCCGAGCGGCUGGGGCGCAUGAACAUCCUCGUGUGCACGCCCGGCCGCAUGCUGCAGCAUCUUGACCAGACGGCCGGUUUCGACGUCAACAACCUCCAAAUACUGGUGCUGGACGAGGCCGACCGUAUCAUGGACAUGGGAUUUCAGUCUGCGGUAGACGCAUUGGUGGAGCACCUCCCCAAGACAAGGCAGACCCUCCUCUUCUCCGCCACCCAAAGCAAGCGGGUCUCCGAUCUGGCGCGCCUGAGCUUGAAGGACCCAGAGUAUGUCUCGGUCCAUGAAGCAGCGCCAACCGCCACCCCGGCGGCCCUCCAGCAAUCCUACAUCGUCACGCCCCUGGCCGAGAAGCUCGAUACACUGUGGGGCUUCUUGCGGGCGAACCUUAAGAGCAAGAUCAUUGUCUUCCUCUCGUCCGGCAAGCAGGUGCGCUUUGUCUACGAGAGUUUCAAGCGGAUGCAGCCCGGCAUCCCUCUACUGCACCUUCACGGCCGGCAGAAGCAGGUGGCGCGCAUGGAGAUUACAUCACGUUUUGCCUCGGCAAAGUACUCGUGUCUCUUCGCGACGGACGUUGUGGCCAGAGGCGUAGACUUCCCGGCCGUUGACUGGGUUAUCCAAGUCGAUUGUCCCGAGGACGCGGACACGUAUAUCCACCGCGUCGGCCGAACAGCCCGGUACGAGAGCAAGGGCCGCGCGGUGCUGUUCCUCGAGCCGAGCGAGGAGGGUUUCCUCAAGCGACUCGAACACAAGAAGGUGCCGAUCCAGAAAGUCAAUGUCCGCGAAAAGAAGAAGAAGAGCAUCAAGAACGAGCUGCAAAGCCUCUGUUUCCAAUCUGCCGACGUGAAGUAUCUCGGCCAGAAAGCGUUUAUCUCGUACACCCGCUCCAUCUACCUCCAAAAGGACAAGGAGGUCUUCAAGUUCGACGAGCUCGACUUCGACGGCUUCGCCGAGUCGCUCGGCCUCCCCGGCACGCCGCAGAUCAAAUUCCAGAAGGGCGAAGAUGUCAAGCGCCUGAAGAACGCCUCGCGCGCCGCCGCCAUCUCCAGCGGCUCCGACACCGACUCGGACGGCGGAGGCGGCAAGCGCAAGAAGGACCAGGUGCGCACCAAGUACCAGAAGAUGGCCGAGCGCCAGAACCAGGACGUCCUGUCCUCGCACUACCGCAAGCUCCUCGGCGAGGACCAAGCGGGCUCCGACGGCGACGACGAGGCCGACUUCCUCUCCGUCAAGCGCGUCCUCGAAGACGACGCACAAAUCGACGCCGCCGCCGGCACCACCACCAACAACAACACCAACUCCUCCGAACCAAAAGUCGUCAAACUCGGCUCCUCCUCCACCCUAGUGAUCGACUCGCGCCGGCGCGAGAAGCUCCUGCGCUCCAAGAAGAAGCUGGCCAAGUACAUGGACCGGGGCAGCAAGCUGGUGUUCGACGACGAGGGCGUGGCGCACCCGGUCUACGAGCUGCAGGGCGAGGCCGACUUCGCGCAGGAGGGCCCCGCCGAGCAGCUGCGGCGCGAGUUCGUCGAGGCCGAGAUGGCGCGCGUCCGCGAGGCCGACGUCGCCGACAAGCAGGCCGCCCGGCAGCGGCUGCGGGAGAAGCGCGAGCGGCGCAAGGCGCGGGAGCGCGGGGAGGAGCUGGAGCGCCGUGGUGUGGCGCAGCUGCCGCAGUUGGAUGUUGCGGAUGAGCAGCUGCCGGAGGGGGAGGAUCCGCUUGCGCUGCUGCGGUCGUUGCCCAUUGCUGGUGCUGGUGCUGGUGGUGGGAGUGGGGACGAGGAUGAUGAGGUUGAGGAGGAACGGGAGCCGCCGAGGAAGAAGGCCCGGAAGUGGUUCCAGGAUGGGGAGAGUGAGGAGGAGGGCGGCGAGAAAGCGGGCAGGAAGGCGAAGGAGAAGAAGAAGGGUGGGAAGAAGGUCAUUGAGAUGGAUCACGAGCCGGAUAAUCUGGAAGAUCUGGAGGCGUUGGCGGCUGGGUUAUUGGAGGAUUAGUCCAUGUGUGGAGUGGGUAUGCAUGAUAGAUACCUGGGUCCGGAAGCAGCAAUGUAAUGUUCUGCAGAGGAUCGUUUACCCAGGGGGUGAUGCACUGAGCAUUGGGUGGGCGCGGACUUGCAACGCGC